UGUGUUGCCGUCUUUCACAUUCAGCUGCAGCGCUGUCAGUCAGGCACGAGAUCAACAGUUGUCGUGUCCUCUUUUAGAAACACGCUCGUGUCCUACGUAGCUCUGAGUAGAAUACGCGCGUGAAAAGAUUCAGAAAAUUACAUUUAUCGGAUAUGACAGACUAGAAUGGCUGUUUUCAAACAACAGCAGGUUGAACAUUUCUACGAGAUUGGAGAGGAACUUGGAAGUGGGCAGUUUGCAAUUGUUAAACAAUGUCGUGAAAAAAGCUCAGGCCGGGACUUUGCAGCAAAGUUCAUAAAAAAGCGUCAGAGUAAUGCCAGUAGACGAGGUGUGUUGCGAGAAGAGAUCGAGCGGGAAGUCAACAUCCUGAAGCAGAUACACCAUCCCAAUAUUGUAAUGCUCCAUGAUGUGUAUGAGAACAAGACAGAUGUGGUGCUGAUUUUGGAGCUGGUGUCUGGAGGAGAGCUUUUCGACUUUCUGGCCCAGAAAGAGUCUUUGAGUGAGGAGGAGGCCACACAGUUUAUUAGACAAAUUCUAGAGGGGGUGCAAUAUCUGCAUACAAGGAAUAUCGCUCAUUUUGACCUGAAGCCCGAAAACAUCAUGCUUCUGGAUAAGAAUGUUCCCCUGCCCCGAAUCAAACUCAUUGAUUUUGGCUUGGCCCACAAAAUUGCUGAGGGGGUUGAAUUUAAAAACAUCUUUGGAACGCCAGAAUUUGUUGCUCCAGAAAUUGUAAAUUAUGAACCACUGGGACUGGAAGCAGAUAUGUGGAGUAUUGGUGUUAUUACAUAUAUUCUGUUGAGCGGGGCGUCUCCUUUCCUAGGAGAAACAAAGCAAGACACACUGGGAAAUAUCUCGGCCAUGAACUAUGAGUUUGACGAUGAGUUCUUUGGCCACACCAGUGAGCUUGCCAAAAAUUUUAUACGACAACUGUUAGAAAAAGACACCAAAAAAAGACUCACGAUUCAAGAUGCCCUGAACCACCCUUGGAUCAAGUCUAAUGAGCACAAGGACGAGGGCAGGAAAGCUCCAGAGAGAAAGAGAGAGCGAAGGCAGCUGAAGACCAAACGACUCAAGGAGUACACCAUUAAGUCCCACUCCAGUAUGCCUCCCAAUAACACCUACGUCAACUUUGAACGCUUUGCUCAAGUGGAGGAGGAAAUCUCAACCAUGGAAAGCACCUUCUGCCAACUGGCCUCGACCCAAGACUCCCUGCAGGAAGACAUUGAUGCUAUGGUAUCCAUCUACAACGAGAAGGAGAUGUGGUACAAAGAGGAGAGCGAAAGCAUCCGACAUGAGUUAUCCCAGCUUCGUUACGAGUUUCGUAAAGUCGAGGCACAGAGGAAAAGCGUCGAGGAAGACAUGAAGAGCGUGGAUGCAAGCGUUAGCAGGGUUAGUGAGCAGUAUAAGGAGAGGCAAACACGGUUCGAUGCCCUGCAGAUCGAGCUGUGUGCCGAGCUGCAGUGGGUGCAGGAGGUGGUGGCAUCGUUUCAGGUCACUUUCCCGAACUGUAGCUUUAGCAGUGUGUUUAAUACUGAUGUCAAUGAAGCACUGAAAGAGUUGUUGAAUAGAUCUUGUGGAGGAGAUUUGCUGACAGGUAGCAACUUGGACCAGCAGAGAUAACAUUCAUAAGACAUUCAUAAUGAAAUAAUUAUCGAUAUAUAAACACAUGCAAGUUAAACACUCUGGCUGGACUUGAAGAGUCUUAAAGAGCAGUUAUGCUCAGUUGGAGAAGUUGUAUACAUGAAAUAUAAGAUGCUAUUAUGUAUAUCCAUGCUUCAAACUAGCUUACCAGUUUUAAGUUUAAGUGGUCAAAUAUUAUUUUUUUCAGAUUAUUGUUUUCAAAUGCUGCUACAAAACUCAUUUGAAUGAUUUUUCCUUGAGUUUCACUGUAAAACAUACCUGAUCUAAUGAUGUGAGAUUUUACAUUGUUUUUUCUUAAUAAAUAAAUAAGAUGGUC